AGCAGCUACGACGCUGGAUGAGAAGAUCGAGAAAGUGAGACAGAAAAGGAGGUCCCAGGAACGAGAAGCUACACAAGCAAAAGUGAGAGAUGAAGAUGUGGAGACUGACGACAAUCAAACCAAAAAGAGAGCUUGUGAGGAUUCCAGUAGGGACCAAGAAGAAGAUGUGGAGUCUCAGUAUUCGUUGGAUGAUGAAGCUAUCUUCACAAAAGCAGAUAUGGUCAAAGUGAAGGAACAGAGGAGAUCGAAAAAGGGAGAAAUGGAAGCAGAGAACUUUUUUGAAGAUGCCUCUCAAUAUGAUGAUAACUUGUCAUUCCAGGACAUGAAUCUUUCACGCCCCUUGCUAAAGGCAAUCACAGCUCUUGGCUUCAAGCAACCAACCCCAAUUCAGAAGGCAUGUAUCCCCGUGGGCCUUCUGGGGAAAGAUAUUUGUGCCUGUGCUGCCACUGGGACAGGUAAAACGGCUGCCUUCAUCUUACCUGUCCUUGAGCGCCUGAUUUACAAACCUCGUCAGGCUCCAAUCACCCGGGUGCUGGUUCUAGUGCCAACACGAGAACUGGGAAUUCAGGUGCAUUCUGUCACAAAGCAGCUGGCGCAGUUCAGCAGUGUUACAACUUGCCUUGCUGUAGGUGGCCUGGACGUGAAGACUCAGGAAGCAGCUCUGCGCUCUGGGCCAGACAUCCUUAUUGCCACUCCUGGGCGACUCAUUGAUCAUCUCCACAACUGCCCUUCUUUCCACCUGAGCAGUGUUGAGGUGCUGAUUUUGGAUGAAGCAGACAGGAUGCUGGAUGAAUACUUUGAGGAACAGAUGAAAGAAAUAAUCAGGUUGUGCUCCAGCCACCGUCAGACAAUGCUUUUCUCUGCCACAAUGACAGAGGAGGUGAAAGAUUUGGCUUCUGUUUCCUUGAAAAAUCACAUCCGAAUUUUUGUGAACAGCAACACAGAUGUUGCCCCUUUCCUGCAGCAGGAAAACAGACCCAACCGAGAGGGGGACCGUGAGGCCAUUGUAUCAGCUCUCCUGACACGAACCUUCCCAGACCAUGUGAUGCUUUUCACCCAGACCAAGAAGCAAGCUCACCGUAUGCACAUCCUACUUGGGCUGAUGGGUCUGCGAGUUGGGGAGCUUCAUGGGAAUCUCUCUCAAGCCCAACGGCUGGAAGCACUCAGGCGCUUCAAAGAUGAGCAGAUCGAUAUUCUGGUAGCUACAGAUGUGGCUGCACGUGGACUUGAUAUUGAAGGUGUUAAAACAGUGAUCAAUUUUACCAUGCCCAACACCACCAAACACUAUGUUCAUAGAGUGGGUCGGACAGCGAGAGCAGGCAGGGCCGGUCGUUCUGUUUCACUUGUGGGUGAGGAAGAGCGCAAGAUGCUGAAGGAUAUUGUGAAGACUGCCAAAACACCAGUGAAAGCCAGAGUUCUCCCCCAAGAUGUCAUACUAAAAUUUCGAGAGAAAAUUGAGAAUCUAGAAAAAGAUGUGUAUGCAGUUCUGUGCUUGGAGCGUGAGGAACGUGAGAUGCAGCAGUCAGAGGCCCAGAUCAAUAGGGCAAAAAAGCAGCUGGAGACAGGAAAACAAAAGACUGUGGGUGAGGGUUUGGAGCGGAGCUGGUUCCAGACCCGUGAGGAGAGGAAGAAAGAGAAAUUGGCUAAAGCCCUGCAGGAGUUUGACCUGGCAUUACGAGGCAAGAAGAAAAGGAAGAAAUUUAUGCAGGACAGACAGAAAAAAGUCCAAAUGACACCAGAGGAGAGGUCACAGUUUGAAAUCCUGAAAUCUCAAAUGUAUGCUGAGCGCCUGGCAAAAAGGAAUCGCCGAGCGAAGCGAGCCAGAGCCUUGCCAGAAGAGGAACCAGCAGCAGUACCAGCAGGCCCCAAGCGGAAGAAAAAACAGUCUGUGUUUGAUGAAGAGCUUACCAACACAAGCAGGAAGGCUCUGAAGCAGUACCGUGCUGGCCCAUCAUUUGAAGAUCGAAAACGCUUGGGCAUGGCCCAACACAGGAAAGGAGGAAACUUCAAAUCCAAGUCCAGGUACAGGAGAAAGUAA